AUGCCCGAGUACAUCAAGGCAGUCGAUAUUCGUGGUGGCACUGGCGAGCGUGAUGCCCUUUUUAUCAACGCCGAAACACCCAAGCCUUUUGCUACUGACGGACAGGCGAUUGUAAAGAUUAAAGCUUUUGGUCUUAACCGCAUGGAUAUCCUCCAGCGCCGAGGCUUUUACCCGCUGCCACCUCAAGCGCCUAAGACAUUGGGAGUGGAAUUCAGUGGCAUCAUUGAGUCUUUUGGACCUGGCGAUCAUGGUGCUUUCAAGGAAGGCGAUGAGGUGUUUGGGCUAGCUUACGGUGGUGCGUAUGCCGAGUACAUCGCGGUCAGUACUCGCAUGUUGCUGCACAAACCGGCUUCCAUCGACUUCACCACGUGUGCUGGUAUUCCCGAGGCUUGGAUUACUGCAACUCAGGCGUUGCAUCUUGUGCUUCGCUUCACGAAGGGCAAGUCAAUCUUGUGGCACGCAGGAGCUUCAGGGGUGUCGGUCGCCGGCAUCCAACUGUCGCGUAUCGCUGGAGCCUCUGAAGUGUAUGCCACAGCUGGAUCUCAGGACAAGCUCGACUUUAUCACUUCGAAGCUCGGUGCGACAGCUGCAUUCAACUAUAAAACGCAGGACUGGGCGGAGGAGAUCAAGAAAGCUACCGGCGGCAAGGGUGUUGACUACAUCGUGGACUUUGUUGGUGGAAACUACUUCCAGCAGAAUCAGAAUGUCGCUGCGCGUGACGGACGGAUCGUGCUUUUGGGGACGUUGAGCGGUGCCAAGGUCCCCAAUGCUGAUAUUUCUCAGAUUUUGUACAAGCGACUUCGUAUUGAGGGCAGCACUCUUCGAAGCCGCGACGAGGUUUACCAGGGCGAGCUACGGGACCGAUUGGAGCAGUAUCUACCAGACUUCGAGUCCGGUAAGCUCAAGAUCUUUGUGGAUGAGGUCUUUCCGUGGGAACAGAUUCAAGAGGCUCACAAGCAUAUGGAAGAUGCCAAGAAUCUGGGUAAGAUUAUAUGCACUAUCUCGUGA